GAGCAGAUGGGGCGGAGCACCGACACUUCAUAACAACCCUGACGGCGCACUCCGGUGAUCUGAAGGAGGCAACAGAUGCCCCGUCCAGGCUGGUUUAGCCCUCUAAGACGCUCCUAGUCCAAUUAACCCGGAGGAGGCGCAAAUCCACGCGCGCUGCUGGCACUCAUGGACCGGCUCGAGCGCUGCUCCGCGGGAAAAUGAAGGCGAGCGCGGCUCCGGCUCCGGAUCUCGGUCUGACACCACGUACCGCCGUCCGCACGCAAGUUGGGCCAGAAGCGGCGGCGCGCCAUCAGUGAGAGAUGCGGGGCUAUUUCGAUGCGACCGUGGACAUCUGAGCCGCCUUUCUCAGUCACACGCGCCCUCGGUGUAAGCCUCCGUAAGCCGCCGCAGAGCCGCCGGGCGCGAGGCCUCUUCUGUGCGUCAUUGCGCCGGAGUUUCCUCAUCGGACCCGCUGCCGUGCCGCUCAAGGUGGAUCUCCAACAUGGAAACCUUCACCGAUGUGCUGCUCGUCACCGCCAACGUCGGCUCGCUCUUUGACAACGUGGGGGAAAUUCAAAAUGACUGGCUACAAGAACUGUACAAGACUAUCAAUAGCUACAAGCCGCAGUUCAUCGCCCUGCAUUUCCAGGAGGUGGGAGGGAAGGACUACAUGGCCAACAUGGGCCACGCAGAAAACUUCUUCUGGAGCAUCGAGUCCAGUGUGGAGAUGAAAGACUUCGACCGGGCCUGUAUUUAUGUGGACAACCAGUUCCAAGCCGAGGACAGCUUCACGGCCUUGGGGAGUAUGUACUUCAUCCAUAAGUCACUAAAAAAUAUCCAUCAAUAUGACUUCGAAGUUAAGGAUUUUAAAGCGGUGCUGGGGCAGAACAAGUGUGUGGGCUCCCUGGCCGGGGUCAACACCGUGGAGAAAGAAAAAUUCCCAAAGAAUUUCUGGCCUGAUUUCAAGUGGUCCAGGAAGGGCUUCAUGAGGACCCGCUGGAUCAUACACAACCAAGGUUUCGACCUGGUCAACGUGCACCUCUUCCAUGAUGCCUCCAACCUCAUUGCCUGCAGCUCCAGUCCUUCCAUUUACUCGGCCAACCGCAACAACGCCCUCAGAUACGUCAUAAACAGGAUAUCAGAUAGCCGCCAUUCUUCUCUGCCUUUUUUCGUCUUUGGAGAUUUCAACUUUCGCCUGGACACACUCAGCCUGGUGCAGCAUCUGUCCACUGCAGCGGACGAGCAGCGAGUGAAGAAAGACAGCAGCAACGAGGUGGAGAAAAUCAUAUAUGAGGAGAAGGAUAAUGACCACCAGGUGCUGCUCCACAUCGAGGAGAAGCUGUUUGCUUACCUGCACCAGGCGGUUUUCAGAGAGGAUGACGGCAGAGCGCUGCUGAAAUACGACAAAGAAGUUGCAGCGUUUCAUGACGUGGUCAGAGAAGAGGACAUCAGGUUUCCCCCGAGCUACCCUUACAGUGAGGAAUACAGCAAGCCCACUCAGUACAUGAACACCCGCUGUCCUGCCUGGUGCGACCGCAUCCUCAUGUCCAGACCUGUGCAGGACCUCAUCCACAGGAGAGAAGAUGGUGGGAAUGGUGUUGUUUACAACACUGUGGGUCCGAACGUCUGUAUGGGAGACCAUAAGCCUGUUUUCUUGUCUUUCUCGCUGAGGACAAACGACCAUUGACUCGGAUCCCUCUCCACGGUCUCUCACCUCACCGUCUUCAGAGCUCCGCUUGCAGGAGGCAAUCGGCGUGAUUGUCACCCGGUGCAAACCGACCCAUCGACCGCCUGCAGGGGGGAAACUCAGCCCGCGGCGUGGAAACACUCUGCCUCACCUCGCUGCCUCGCGCCGACCACCACAGCUGUCCGGAGGCGAGCGUCGGAUUCUUUUCAACAGUCUCCUCCUCAUUAAGUCCCCUCACCUGAAGUCUCAGAGCAGACUCGGCCGUUGGGAGAGAGUUUUAUGAACUAGACCAAAUGGGACCAGACCUCGUGGAUGAAUGCAUGUCUACAUGCAGACUCAUUUAAAAAAAAAAAAAAAAAAAAAACAACAAAUUUUGAAGUGUUUUUACUUGUAUUUCUUAAUAUAGACCCAAAGGAGAUAU